AUGUCGGCUGAUGAGGGAUAUUCGAAUCAUCCUGAGAAGGACAAGAGCGAAGAUUUCUUCUCACAGGAGGAGCAAGGGCAUGUGACUCACGACAUGAAGUCGCCUUUCAACGGGAUCGUCGGACUCACCGAGGCGAUGAAAAUGAUGGUCAAAGAUGAGGUCAAAAAGAAGAGGCUCACCUUGAUCAACAGGGCCGGCUCCCGCUACUGCGGAAUGGUAGAAGAGAACGUCGUUAGCGACAAGUUGGGCCGAGGGUGGAUGAAAGUAGUCAAAACGGACGUCCGCCUGGGGGCUGUAGUCGAGGAAGUGGUGGAAUUAAUGAA